CGUUUCCGUCGCUGAUUGGCUCCGUCAUUCGCGGGAAGUAGUUUGUGGCGCCACGGAAAAUAGAUCCAGCGCUGCGGCCCUGGCGCGGUGGCGAGCUUCUCCGCCAACUCUCUCGUCCCGGAACCUCCGGACUCGCGACCAAGAUGUGGAACAGUGGGUUUGAAAGCUACAGCAGCUCUUCCUUUGGGGGAAGCGGCGGCUACACGCAGACCCCGGGGGGCUUUGCUUCGCCGACGCCUUCUCAGACCGAAAAGAAAUCGAGAGCCCGAGCCCAACACAUUGUGCCCUGUACCAUAUCUCAGCUGCUUUCUGCCAGUCUGGUUGAUGAAAUGUUCAAAAUUGGAAAUGUUGAAAUUUCACAAGUAACUAUUGUGGGAAUAAUCAGGCAUGCAGAGAAGGCUCCAACCAACAUCGUAUACAAAAUAGAUGACAUGACAGCUGCCCCCAUGGAUGUUCGCCAGUGGGUUGACACAGACGAUGCCAGUGGUGAAAACACUGUGGUUCCUCCAGAAACAUAUGUGAAAGUGGCUGGCCAUGUGAGGUCUUUUCAGAACAAAAAAAGUGUGGUAGCCUUUAAGGUCAUGCCCCUGGAGGAUAUGAAUGAAUUCACCACACAUAUUCUGGAAGUUGUCAAUGCACACAUGAUGCUGAACAAGGCCUACAGCCAGCCUUUAGCAGGGAGAGCACCUAUUGGCCGUUCAGGAAUGGGAGAAGCAGGAAGCUUUGGUGGGAGUAGCUUCAUGCCAACAAAUGGCCUCACUGUGGUCCAAAACCAGGUGCUGAACUUGAUUAAGGCUUGCCCAAGACCUGAAGGAUUAAACUUUCAGGAUCUGAAGAGCCAGCUCCAGCACAUGACUAUAGCCUCAAUCAAGCAGGCUGUUGAUUUUCUAAGCAACGAGGGACACAUCUACUCAACUGUGGAUGAUGAUCAUUUUAAAUCCACAGAUGCAGAAUAACUGGAUCUAACUGACUACCUGAGAGAUGUUUCCAGCCAGGCCUAUUUUUACACCCCGUUGUCUCCAGCUGUGUAUAUAUCUGGCCAGUUGAUUUCUAGGAAGUAAGUCUUAUCUUGGAAAAAGUCUCAGUUGACAUCCUUUUGAAAUUUACUGCUUUUCUAUUUAUUUGAAGCUCAGCGGGAGACACACAGCUGAGAUACAAGCCUGGACAAGAUUUCUUAAAAGAAGUUAAAAAUCAGCUAGCUGUAACAUGAAGAUGCACGGACUUGAAAGAUGGAUGCUCAGAGAGAUAUGGUAGUACUUCAUACUCAGGCGUCUCUUUUACUAAAAUGUUUCCUGUUGAGAAGAUGAGCAGGACUGGGACCUGUCAGAAGGGAACUGGCCAAGAAACAUUAAAACUUUUGCCUAUU